UUGUGUGUUUUAAAAUGGCUGCGGGAUUUGUACACUUGCAUGUGUGGUAAAAUAAAUAAAUAAAUAAAUAAAUAAUUGUUAAUUAACAUAAUUUUUGUAUGAAAUAAAAUUAAAAUUAAAUUAACAAUAAUAAAGUAAAUAAUAAAUAUAAACAAUGAGAUUUACAAGUGUACUUUGCAAGUACCAUUUGGGUCGUUUGAUAAAACAUAAUUGGUUUCGUCAUGGUAAACAAAUACCAUAUGAAACAUUUAUUGAAGAUUCACUAGCUAAACAAGGCAUUAAAUGUGCUGAUCCAAAAGAAUUUAUUCUGCCUUUCAAACCAUUAGCGCCAAGAGUUGUUUUGGAGACUGAAAAUUUUUUAAUACAAAGACCACAAGCUAUGGAUAAAACACAUCCAGAUUGGCAUGAUAAAUAUUGCUGGCAAUUUGAUGAUCAUGAAUUGUUAGUUCAGGGUACAGAUCAAGCUCAAUUAUUAACAAAAACAAUUUUAAUUAAAGACAGUAUGCCUGAUAAAUUAGAAACAAUUAUGUCAAAUGAUUGUCAAACAACAAAUGUCAUUGAUAGUUUUGUUGAAAAAACAAUAAAAACAUCAACUAUAUUUGAUGCUGAACAAAAAAAAUUACCUAAACUUAAAGAUCCAACAAGACCAGCAUGGAAUUUUCCUCGUGUUUAUGGUAUAACACAUGUUAAAAAAGCAUCAAAUUUAUCACGAAAAAUGUUACAAAUGUGUGAAGUUAUGUGUGGCAAAAAUAUGAUUAAAGAAAGACAAAUAAUUGAUGAUGCUACAAUACAAGUACCAAUUGUUAAAGACUCAAUAACAAUGUUGUUAAACAUGAAGAUUGAUUUAAUGAUUGCAUCUAAAAAAUCACCAUCAGUUUUAACAGAUGACAUAUCAAUUGAUGGCUUGUCAUUACCAGAUUUACGACCAAUGGCACCAACAGUUGGUUUACAAAGGAAAAAUAUUUAUCAAUCAAUUGAUAUGUAUCCAAUAGCAAAAGAUUGCGAGUGGAUAAAUCCACAUACAAUAUUUUUUUAUCAUGAUCCUGAAACUGUUAUUAAUUUAACUGAAUUACCAGUUAGAGAAAAUCAGUUGCUAGCUAGAUCAUUGAUCAAAUCAUUCACAGCUGGUGCUGGUUGUGCACGUCAAAAAUAUGGUCCAGAUUUCAAUGGUGAUUUACCAGAACCAUUGACAAUACAAUGUGUACAAACAAAUGGACAAUCAUUUCAUUUUUCAGUUUUACAAUUAAAUACAUUAAAUAUUAAUGAUUAUUCAAAUAAUUCAAAAGUUAAUUAUUGGUGGUCAAUGCCACAAAUUGAUUUGUAUAAACUUUCAAAAUAUGAAACUGGCAAGCCAAUAUUUGAGGGAUACAAUCCUGAAGUAUUUCGUAGAAUUUUAGCAUUUUAUAAAAAUUCAUAAAUUGAAUUAUAAUAAUUAUUACAAUAAAUAUUAAAAUAAAAAUAUUUUGUCUUUGAUUUU